UGGACUAUUAUAUACAGGUGGAGCGACCGUGUCAAUAUUCAAAUGGAACCUUAAAGAAACAAAGACAAAAAAUUCCUACAACGGCUAUCUUUGGAACUUGGCCCAAACAAGAGACCCCUAAAUAGUGAGUGAUUCUUGAUUCUUGGAGGAUCCUCUCUCAAAACAAUUGCUCAGAAUAUAGAAUGGAGUCUUCUUGUACGCCUCCUCCUUAUCACCGAUUGAACACUAUUAGAUCAGCUUCGCGUCUCGCUCGUGUCGGUGUCGAAGACCAAGAAGAAGCACCCUUUCCAAAUAAUCUCUCUCUUGAUUUGGUUCUUCUUCCAUCGUCUCCCAAGAGCAACCAUACUCCGAACCCAUCUCCUGUCUCUUCUCCGAUCCGUUUAGCCGAUCGACUCGAAAUGGCCUCUGAGGAUGCGGCGAAUCCUGCUGCUGCUGCUGCGGUGGUGGUUCGUAAACGGGGCAAGGGGAAAGGAGGGCAAAAGGGUCUUUUACUUUCUCCCAGGAAUCCCCGGAGAUCGAGGCGGAGAUCGGAGGCUGUUGAAGAGAAAGAAGCUAAUUUGAUGAUGAUCGAUGAUGAAAGUAUCGUAAAGCCUAGAAAACGGAAGACCAAUGGUCGCCCUAAGAAGGAUAAGCGAAGCUUGUUAGCUCCUCCUUGUUCGUCAAAUGCCAGUCAGAGUGAUUUGAAUCGGAUCGGAGAGAUUAUCAGUGAUUUGGUUAUGUGGAGAGAUGCUGCCAAAUCGACCCUCUGGUUCGGUUUUGGGUGUCUGUCUUUCCUAUCUUCUUGCUUUGCCAAAGGUGUCAACUUUAGCGUUUUCUCGGUGGCUUCCAACCUAGGACUUGUGUUACUCUGCUGGUCCUUCUUGUCAAACACUCUUUGUCAAAGGAAAAUUGAUGACACUAAGAGAGCGUUCCAUGUGACUGAAGAUGAUGUCUUGCGCUUAUCUAGACGAGUGCUUCCCGCAGCCAACUUUUUUAUCUCAAAGGCUAGUGAGGUUUUUUCAGGAGAGCCAUCAAUGACACUCAAAGUGACACCAUUUCUGCUACUUGGAGCUGAGUACGGUCAUCUCAUAACACUGUGGAGGCUAUCCGCAUUUGGUUUCUUCCUCAGCUUCACCAUCCCAAAGCUGUAUUCAUGUUACACCCAUCAGAUUAGCCAAAAAGUUGAAAGAGUGACAACAAGAAUAGGUGAAGCAUGGGGAGUCUGCUCUCACAAGAAGAUCUUGGCCGCCUCUGCCGUGACAGCGUUUUGGAACUUGACAAGCAUAAGAACCCGAAUUUUUGCAGUUUUUAUCAUCCUGGUGAUAUUUCGGUAUAGGAGACAGAAUCUAGAGAUAAACCCCGAGGAAGUCAAGCCUGUUGAGAAUGAGAAGCCAGAAGAAGAAACACUUCCACAGGAAGAAGAAGAAGAAACACCUCCACAGGAAGAAGACGAAACAGUUCCACAGGAAGAAGUUUCAGUUCCACAGGAAGAAGAACAGAUACAGCCAUCAGAAGAGCGAGCUUUAGUAGCGGCGGUUGCAGAAACUGAAGGAUCAAAGAAACUCUAGGUGUUUUGUACUUUGUGUCUAAUUACAUUUAACAGAAAUGCAAAAUUAAAUCUCGAGUUGAUGUAAUAGAGAGGGAUAGAGGAGGAUACAUGUUUGUUAUAUGAAACAUUGAAGACAGAGAUUCUCAUUCAAACAAAUCUUGAAGGAACCUCAUCUUUUGCCGAGACUACAAUGUUACAUAAGGACACGAAGAAGAAACUUAAAGCCUUCUUUCAAGUUUAAGGGUAGACAAGUUAAUGUGCUGAUUUU